GGAGGAGGUGGAGGUGGAGGAGGAGGUGGAGGAAGAAGAGCGAUAAAAAAAAAGAGCGGUGUUGUGAGGUGAGCGAGAUCGCGAUUCAGGUCGCGAUCCAGGUCGCGAUCCAGGUCGCGGGGUAGUCCCGCUAAGAAAAUCACAGGAGAAGAAGAAAAAGAAGACAAAAACGUGGCCGAGAACGGAGCAGAGGACGGAGCCGAGGACGGAGCUGAGGACGGAGCCGAGGACGGAACCGAGGAACGAAAGGGUAAAAAGAUAGGGAAGAGGAGGAGGAGGAGGAAGAGGAGGAGGAGGAGGAGGAGGUGGUGGUGAUGAAAAGAUCGACGUCGACGACUCUCCAUUGGUGGUGUAGGAAGUCGAGUUGCGUGGCGAAAAAAAGACCGACGAAGGAGCUCGUAGAGUUGAACAAAGUAGCGAAGGUGGAGCUGCCGAAGAAGAAGAGGCGUUCCUAUCAUCGUCGGUGGUGUCGUCGAUCGGUCGUAACGCCGCGACGAGGUGGUUUGGAAAAUAAUGCGCGUUAGAUACGUGACGGCGAGAAAAAGGACGUGGACGACGCCGACGCCGACGCCGAGGGCGAUCAAGAUUAACGGAAAGUGUGGAAUUAAGGCGGCGGCGGCGGCGGCGGCGACAAAGCGGCAAUUAUGUACGCGUACGGUUUCGAAAUCACGUAGUACUCGGCGUGUAAUUAUGUUGUUGUUAUUGUCGUCGUCGUCUUUGCACGGCGCGCCCUGUGCAUCUUCACGGUGAAAAUCUGGCGUGAAAGUUGCCGCGGUGGAACGGGGAACAUGGCGUCGGUCUCGGCUGAGACUCGAUCCAGCCAUGGGCACCGUUUUGCUAAGAAGACGUUUCACAAGCCAACGUACUGCCAUAACUGCACGGACAUGCUCUGGGGCCUCAUUCAGCAGGGGUACAUCUGCGAAGUUUGCAACUUCGUGGUGCACGACCGCUGUCUCAAGGCCGUCGUGUCUCCCUGCUCCAUCAUCGCGGCAAGCCUGAUUAAGAACCCGGUUGCACACUGUUGGUCCGAACCGGUACAACGGAAAAAAAAAUUCUGCAACGUCUGUCGGAAACGGUUGGACGAUAAUUUAUCCAUACAUUGCCAAAUAUGCGAGUAUUUCGUCCACACGGAAUGUCAGAACUUUUCGAUGGCAGAUUGCAAAGAAAACGCAACUUAUUUACCUGGAAAGGAUUUGGAUGAUGUAAAGCAUACGCAUCAUUGGAGAGAAGGAAAUCUUCCCAGCAACUCCAAAUGUGCCGUAUGCAAGAAAAAUUGUUUCUCUGCCGAGUGCCUUUCUGGGUUUCGUUGCGAAUGGUGUGGCGUAACGUCGCACGCAUUCUGCUACAAAAGCAUCCCCACCGAAUGUACGUUUGGGAAUUUGGAAUCAAUUUACCUACCGCCCCAUGCAGUCAGUAUUCCACGUACCGAAGUACCAAUGGAAGCGAUUAUCGGAGUUCAAGUGCGUCGUAAAGAAGUCCUGGCGCGUGAGUAUUCCUGCCAUAACAUCGGAGAGCAAUUCGAUUUCGCUGAGAGUGAACAAAUUGGGGCUGCAGGCUGCCUAGCUGAAGCUUUGAGGCGCCUUUCACUAAUUUUGCCACGUAGCUGCCAUGGAAAUUGUCAUGCUUCCCCUCCUUAUGUUCGAGCAAGAAGCAUUUCGGAGGAAUUUAGCAGCGGCGAUGCCAAGUAUCGCGAUAACGACGAACCUGGACAAGCUCCGCAUGGCCGUGAUCCACGGUUUACCAAAGAUAAAGAUGAUAAAGAAAGAGGCGACGAAGAGACGAUAAAGGUAUACGAUGGAAACAGCUCUUUGAAGCAUCGAAUAUUUCGAGUAAUUACGGUAUCUAGACUAGCUAGCACGGAACAAGUUUUAACAUCCGCGCUUCGUGCACAUCAUAUCACGACAGAUCCUGGUCAUUUUUAUUUAACCGAUCUAUAUGCUACGGAAGAAAGUGAGCUGUGCGAUCCGACACCAAUCCUAAAUUUGAAUCGUAAGGAAGGCAAACGUCCGGCAGUCUGCUUGCGAUUUAAGGAUAACGAAGGCGGAGAAGUACGAGUUUACCCUGGAAAAUUGCAGAUAUCAGAAUCGUUCUGCAUUGUACCUGUAACUGAAACAACGACAGUGUCAGAUUUAAUCCAGGAAUCUCUUCUAAGGUUUAAUUUGGAAAAUAUCAAUUCCGAAGAUUACAGAUGUAGACAAAUUCUCUUAGAUCGCGAUGUAUCUGGCCGUAAUUUGGAGCCGGAAGAAAAACCAUGGGACAUAGUGAAACAGCUGGGUAAAGAUUCCAUCAGGCAAAUGGAAUUGAUGAGAUUUUACUUACAGUUAAAACAAGAUCCCCAUGGACCUAAUCUGGCAUUAUUCGUGGGCAAUUUGCCGCCAAAUAUUUCUGAAAGAAAUUAUGAAAACAUGUUGACCGAAUUUUUAGGAAAAGAAAACAAAUUCUCGUCCAUGGGCCCGAUUUAUUACGAAUAUGGUUCGAUGGUCAUUAUAUACGAAGAUUCAAAUAAAGCUGUUAAAGCCCUUUAUACUUUGCGUGAAUCAAAAUACGAAGACAAACAUCUUUUAGUUAUGUUAUUACCGAGUAUCGAACCAAGUAUGGUACCAGUUGGUGUUCAGCCCUUACUUGUAUUUGUUAACGUGAAAUCUGGCGGUUGCCAAGGGUUACAAUUGAUUUCUAGUUUUCGUAAACUUUUAAAUCCUUUUCAAGUGUUUGAUUUGGACAACGGUGGUCCGCUUCCCGGGCUUUAUGUUUUUCGUCAUAUCAAACACUACAGAAUUUUAGUCUGUGGUGGAGAUGGAACGAUAGGAUGGGUUUUGCAAUGUUUGGAUAACGUCGGUCAAGACAGUGUAUGUUCUUCACCCGCCUGCGCUAUUGUACCCUUGGGAACAGGAAAUGAUUUGGCAAGAGUAUUAUGCUGGGGAUCUGGAUACACGGGUGACGAAGAUCCAUUGAACUUACUACGAGACGUUAUCGACGCAGAAGAAAUUAUAUUGGACAGAUGGACGGUGGUUUUCCAUCCUGAAGAAAAGGAUGACAAGUCCCAAAUGGUUGCUUGUGCUGCAGUAGGUCCAAGCUCAAGUAGCGAAGACAAUUCGCAAAUUUUUGUUAUGAAUAAUUAUUUCGGGCUUGGAAUCGAUGCGGAUCUGUGCUUGGAUUUUCACAAUGCGAGAGAAGAGAAUCCGAAUAAGUUCAAUAGCAGGAUUCGAAAUAAGAGUGUAUACGUGAAAAUGGGUUUACGUAAGAUGGUUGGUCGGAAGCCGUGUAAAGAUUUGCAUAAUCAAAUUCGAUUAGAAGUAGAUGGUAAACUAGUCGAAUUGCCGCAAGUAGAAGGAAUUAUCAUUCUUAAUAUUUUAAGUUGGGGCUCUGGUGCCAACCCUUGGGGACCAGAUAAGGAAGACCAGUUUAAUAAACCAAACCAUUGGGAUGGUAUGUUGGAAGUCGUAGGUGUAACGGGUGUUAUACAUCUAGGCCAAAUUCAAUCUGGUCUCCGAGGAGCAAUGAGGAUAGCACAGGGUGGGCAUAUAAAAAUACGUUUGAACUCUGAUAUACCGGUACAAGUAGAUGGCGAACCGUGGGUCCAGAGUCCAGGAGAAAUAGUAGUUCUAAAAUCUGCAUUAAAGGCAACGAUGCUGAAGAAGACCAAGGGUAAAAUGAAGCGGCGUAAUACAGAAUCCAGCAUGCAGCUCUCACUACAGGCUGCGCCCUCGAACGAUCCAGAUUCUGAGAACUUCUGAGUGAAAAAAAUCUACCGUGCGAAGGUGGUGGUCAAUAUCGUUGUCGCGCAGGAGCACGUAACACGAAAAUCAAUCGAUUAUACGAUGAUAACGUACGUCGUAUAACGUGUGUAAGCGGCCUCGAAAUCGUCACCGUAGCGAUUGUGCUGUUACGAACAUGAGCAACUUUACUUACUACAACACAAACAGUUACUUUGGCAAGUGGAAGUAGAUAAGAUUUUCAAAUAAGAACUCACGAUAAGAUUCAUUGAAAAUAAGAUCAGUGAUAUCUUGGAUGUACGUUCACAUGUUGCUAGGAUGAAACUAGAUCUCAUUUCUAAAUGUUAAUAAUCAUAGCAGUGUAUGUAGCUUGUCGAUCGAUAUUUUUUUAGUCAAAUUAUAAUAGAACGUAACACACACGAUAAUGUUACCUCACGAACUUUUCAAAACAGUAUUGAUAAAAAUCAUAAGCUACUUGCUCUCUUAAAAUGUUCAUUUGCAUUUAUGUUUAUAUAGCUUGUUAGAUUGGACACACAAAUGUAAUGUAUUAUAUAUUACGUUUCGUAUGGUAUUUUACCAAUUAUCUGGCAGUAUCACGGUAUGAAUCGAGUAAUGCGAUAUAAAACACAAAAGAGAGAAAGAGAGAUCAGUUGUUAUUAAUAUGUUAUAUAUAUAGAUAUAUAUAUAUAUAUAUAAAAUAUUAAUAUAUUUAAAUAAUAUAUCGUAUUAGUAUUACGGUCUUACGUUGUGAUAACUGUUAUAUAAUCUGACUGCUGGGCAGUCUGGAAUUUAUAAACCAGUUGCAGUCAGAAAUUUCCUAGAAAUAAUUCAUAAUGAGAAAAAAGUUAAUGUUACUUUCAAGUAGCGCCCCUCUAAGGCAAAGCAAUUUUGCCAAUUCGGCUUCGACUUGUGUAAAAGGGCAGUGCCAUGGAUUAUCAAUCGGACGAGUAAAUGAAACAAAUAAUUAAAAAGAAAGAAAGAAAUAAAUUAGGGAGGUAGCUUGAUAAAGUUCUAAAUUUGGCUCCGGCAAACCAAAAUAUUCCACGUUUGCUGGAACCAUCGGUAGAUCGAACAUUCCACAUUAUUAUAAUAAAAACGGAGAGAAAGAGAGAAAGAGAGAGAGAGAGAGAGAGAGAAAGAGAGAAAGAGAGAGAGAGAGAGAGAGAGAGAGAGAGAGAGAGAGAGAGAGAGAAUAUGUAUUGUACAUUUUAAAAAAAGUGACGAGUGUAUAAGAGAAAUUAGAUAGCGAUGAACAAAGUUGAAGAUGAUAAUAUCGAUGAAAUCGCGCUCUUUCUACGUGGCACGAAAAGCGCGCCUUUUAAACAUCGAGUAGCAAUGUCCGACACAAACGACUUUAUUCGAUAGCAUUGCUGAUUAUUUCAAGAGAAAAGUAUGGGAGAAAGUGUGUGCAUGUGUGCGGACGAAUAGGGUGGGUGGUCGGUCAUGUGCGAACGAGAGUUGGUUUUAGGAGUGAUAAAAAUGCGGUGCCAAACAGUUGUAAAUAAUACUAUAAAUGUAGGAGAUAAGAUGGAACUAGUCGUGGUGGCAUCUAAUGCAAUGCAACAAAUGGAUGCAGUGCGACGUGUGUUGUCAUGCUGAUAUUAAUCCUAAGAAAGAAAAAUAUAAUCUACGGCGCGAUGUUUUAUGUGCGACGAAGGAAAAACGAGUGUGAGUGUGGGUAUAUGAAUGAGUGUGAGGAUAUGUGUGUGAGGAUGUGUGUGCGUUUGUGUGUAUGAAUGUGUGUGUGUGUGUGUGAGAGAGGACUUCUUUGACAACUUACAUUAGGCAAAAUGGUCAAAGAAGAACGUAACGUAGGUGAAGAGUGUCACUAAUCUUGCGCUUAUAAGAGCAAGACCUCUUCAUUGGUCGAUUUUGAAAGAAAACCUUUUAGCGCCGUAUCGUCUUCGAUAAGGAUCUUUGAAUAGGUUGCAUUUCGUCGAACAGAAAUUGACUAUUUUUCACAUUGUUCGGUUUAUUAAGUCCGGUUUAUUCGCUCAACUAAAUCCAGGAGACUGUCAUUACCGGAUAAUUGACGAGCCUCUUUACUUGAUCACAACCUACCAAAGAUGAAAAUGGGCUCAGUCAUUGACGCCAAUAUAUCCGGUAUCAUGGCGCAAUGACACAUCAGCGGUAGAUUGGAGAUCAUAUUUAUCCCCGUGACCAAAUGAUAGUAUAUUUGCUGUUGCUACAAAGUAUAGAAAAGAAGAAGAAAAAAAGAACAAAAAAAAGAA